UGCGACAGUGCUGCAUGAGACGUCCUUUAUAUAGGAUAUGUCGAACCUCCUGGCUAACCCUAGAUCUCCUUUAAUUGCCUCUCUGGGUACCCAGUCUCUUAUACGUCUUAUCCACUCCCGUCCUUCACUAAGUCACCAUGAGUAUCUUUGAGGAUGGCCCCGAAGACCGAGUAUGCCUUGCGAAGGUCACUCUGAAAGACAUACACGCCGCUAUUCCAAAGCACUUGUGGAAGAAGAGCAUCCUUAAAGGCAUUGCAUGGACUCUGCGUGAUGUCGCACUUUGCACGGCCUUCUACCAGGUAAACUCGUACAAAUCCACUGGAUCAAUGGAGCGCGAUGAAAACUAUGUACCCAAGACCCGCUCAGAGCUCAAGAUGGCGGAUGAGAAGACGAUGAAGCGCAAGGACUAUGCCGAGAUUUUCGAGGAGACUCCUCUGUGGACCUUGACACGGAUGGUCAUCAUGCAAACCAUCGGCUGGAACUUAUACCUCACCUACAACACCCUCGGCUCUCCCGUGUACCCUGAAGGAACAAACCACUGGUUCCCGUCCUCUCCUCUUCCGAAAUACUACUUCAUUCCAUAUAUCUGGACUAACCAUUGGAUCGUCAUGGACACCUGGACUUUCCUGCGCGGUGCGGCCACGACGAUCGAUCGUCCCCUUAUGGGAUGGCAGGGACGUUUCUUCUUGCACAACAUCUCGCAUGACCACGUCGCACAUCAUUUCUUCAGCAGCAUUCCUUUCUGGAACGGCCCCGAGCUUACGAAGCAUGUCCGAAAGGCUCUUGGUGACGAUUAUAACAGUGAUUCGACUAACACCUGGAGGGCUUUGUACCGUAGCUUUGUCAACUGCGAGUUCGUCGAAGAUGAAGGCGACAUUAUCAUGUGGAAGAACCGCCAAGGCGAGCAGCUUCGUAGGGUUGCGGCUGAUCCCACUGGUGCCUCCGACGAGUAGAAAUUUCCGCGCGUCUGUAUGAUUUAUUCCCAUCGCAUAACUCACGUCGUAUCGCACAAAAUCGGAACUCCCUACCAUAACGCACAAUUAGUUGCUUGUAUUUUCCCGAAAUGAAAAUAUUUAC